GCUCGGGCAGCGCGGAGCCCACCCAACGCCCUCCUCGGCCCUCGGCUCUUCCUGGGGCCGUCCUGCCCCUGCACCAGGGCCUAGCGCCUUUCCGGUUAGCCUCGGAGACCCUGGCCGAGCAGUGUCCGUUCGCCUGGGUAGGGGGCCUCAGGACAUUAUUUCUGGGUGACAGCCCGCAGGGCCUUCCGCCCCUCGCGACCUCUCGGGAGUCCCUUCCCCGACGCCCGCGGGGCUGCAGGGGCCGCAGGUUCGGUCUCGGGGCCUCCUUUCCGCAGUCCGCCCAGCUCUAGGCUAGUAUGCUUUAAUUACGUCAAUAACAUGACUCCGGCGAUCCUGUGCGGCUUGGGAAUGCGGCCGUGGGCGGCGGAGUCCAGGCGGAGUCGGCUCUCCACGCGCGAGGGCGCCUCCUCCUCACCUCUCGCCGGGUUUAAAGCUCGCGCCUCAGGCGACGGCGGCCAACGGGUUCGCCGCUGAAGGCCCCGCCGAGCCCCGCCCCCCACGCCUCGACGCCCCGCCCCUUGCGUGCCCACCCGCGCCCCGAAGCCCCGCCCCCAGCGCCCACCCUGCGUUUCGCGGUUCAGUGGUCCGGCGCUCAGCAAGGCCGGGUGCCAGCGUCAACCCCGAGGUCUCCAUGGCCCGCCUCCCGUCGCCAGGGGGCGGGGAUAGCGCGCUGGGCGUCGGGGCGGGGCCUUGGCUGCGUCGGCUGCGCAGCGCGCGCGCCGAGCGGACCGUGCUGCAGCCGUUGGCCGUUAGCGUGGCUUGGGCGGUUGUCUUGGAGAAGCAAGAUGGCGGCGACGGCGGCCGCAGUGGUGGCGGAGGAGGACACGGAGCUGCGGGACCUGCUGGUGCAGACGCUGGAGAACAGCGGGGUCCUGAACCGCAUCAAGGCUGAACUCCGAGCAGCUGUGUUUUUAGCCCUAGAGGAGCAAGAAAAAGUAGAGAACAAAACUCCUUUAGUCAAUGAGAGCCUGAAAAAGUUUUUAAAUACCAAAGACGGUCGUUUAGUGGCUAGUCUUGUUGCAGAAUUUCUUCAGUUUUUUAACCUUGACUUUACUUUGGCUGUUUUUCAACCUGAAACUAGCACACUGCAAGGUCUCGAAGGUCGAGAGAAUUUAGCUCGAGAUUUAGGUAUAAUUGAAGCAGAAGGUACUGUGGGUGGACCCUUAUUAUUAGAAGUGAUCAGGCGCUGUCAACAGAAAGAAAAAGGGCCAACCACUGGGGAAGGUGCACUAGAUCUAUCUGAUGUACAUCCUCCACCAAAGUCACCAGAGGGAAAAACAAGUGCACAGACAACACCAAGUAAGAAAGCCAACAAUGAGGCCAAUCAGAGUGAUACAAGUGUCUCUCUGUCAGAAUCCAAGAGCAAAAGCAGCCUUCACUUACUGUCCCAUGAAACAAAGAUUGGAUCUUUUCUAAGCAACAAAACUUUAGAUGGCAAAGACAAAGCCGGCCUUUGUCCAGAUGAAGAUGAUAUGGAAGGAGAUUCUUUCUUUGAUGAUCCCAUUCCCAAGCCAGAGAAAACUUAUGGUUUGAGGAGUGAACCUAGGAAGCAACCAGGAAGCCUGGCCUCGCUCUCGGAUGCACCCCCCUUAAAAAGUGGACUCAGCUCCCUGGCGGGGGCCCCUUCCUUAAAAGACUCUGAGAGUAAAAGGGGAAAUACGGUUUUGAAAGAUCUGAAAUUGAUCAGUGAUAAAAUUGGAUCACUUGGAUUAGGAACUGGAGAUGAUGAUGACUAUGUGGAUGAUUUUAACAGUACCAGCCAUCGCUCAGAGAAAAGUGAGAUAAGUAUUGGUGAAGAGAUUGAAGAAGACCUUUCUGUGGAAAUAGAUGACAUCAAUACCAGUGAUAAGCUUGAUGACCUCACACAAGACCUGACUGUAUCCCAGCUCAGUGAUGUUGCAGAUUAUCUGGAAGAUGUUGCAUAGUCACGAAGAAGGAAGUAUUCUCAUUAACAAGGACAGAGGACUGACCGGUUCCAUUUUUUUUUUUCCCCAGACAAUCACUCAGCUGGAAUGUCUGCUCUCUAUUGGUGCCUUGCAUUUCAAAAACAUUGCAGAUAUUUUUUAAAAGUAAUUUUCAUUUUACUAAACAAAAUGCUUCCUAUUUGAGCCCAUGUGUGAAAGAUUUAAUAUUCUUAAUUCAACUGUACAUUUCUUUAUGGAAAUUGAUUAUCUACACAGUUUCAUUACAGGGAAGGAACCCAUGAAAACAUCAGUGUUAAGAGCAUGAUGAAAGGUGUCAAUAAAGCCGUAGGAUCGCACAACCCUUUGUGUGUGUGGCUGCUGGUACGUGUGGUCUUUGAAAACCUUGGCUUUAGCCCUCUGGAAUCAGAGCUUACCCACCAUAGUAUAUUUUGAUAUUAGGUGGUUCUACACAUAGUUGGCAAAAUGACUUGGUAAAUUUGUAAUACUGAAGUAUAUUAGUAUAAGUUAAAUUUGAUGUGUCAACUUUAUUUUGUAUUUCCUUCCAUUUGGAAGGUUUGUUAGACCAUUAAGGUUAUAUUAAAGUACUCUUGUCUGUGCUAUUUAGUUUUGCUUGUUUUAAAGAAAUCUAGAAGUGGUUAUGAGUUUUAAUUCAUAGAAUUGUCAAUAACAGAUAACAUUUGCAAUCGUCAUUCCUCCUGUUGUCCAUGUAAGCAGCUUUAGUCGUAGGUUCUCUUCAUUAUAAUUUAUUAUUUGUAAAGAUUCCUUGAAACAUAUUCAGUACCAACAUGCAUCUGAAACCAUUAAGCAGUGCUUUUAUUUCAGAUCUGUAAGUUAAUUGUAUUAAAAUCCAAAUUGGAAUGAAAUAGUAGUAAUGGCCUAAGACCAUGUUCAGUUUGACAAGCUUUAUAUACUGUACAUAAUUUCAUUGUAAUCCUUAAAAAUAGAGCCAAUAAUAGAAUUUCCGCAGUCUCAUUUAUACGGUUAAAGCAUUAUUGCUAUUAUGUAGGGCACGGACGUUUAUAAUACCAAAAUAUUUUAAAAUGUGCAAGUAGAAAAAAACAGUAGAAAGUGAUGCAUGCAUAUUUAUAUAUAAGUAAAGCUAGGAUUAUGCUGUUUUUGCACUUUAUAAUUUCAAUUAAGUUGCGACUUUUUACUACAAGUUACCUUUAUUAGUAAAAGGAGAAAUUAGACCUAAUUCAUUGGUCUUGGUAAGUGAGCAGACUGCAUGACUUGUGCAAUGCCAGUUUCUCAUUUCAUAUUAGCCAAAUAUUAUAGAAAUUACUCCUUGGGCUCUAACAUGUAGAGGAAAUGAAAAUGUAAGGAUUAAGGCUGUGUAACAGAAUCUGGCUUUUUAAAUUUUAAGUGAAACUGAGCUGUAAACAUCAAGAGGAAGUAGGACAUAAACUGGGCCAGUACAGCCUGGAAGCCCGUGUAUUUCUGCCCUCUGUCUGUGAGCUGCUAUCUCAGUCUCCUUCAGCUCUUCAUGUCUUAGUAAACAGCACCAUGUGCAGAUGUAAUCUUGUUGCAGUCCCCCAGUGUGGUUGUUAUAAAAUGCAUUUCCUUGUAAGUCAUCUGUGUAAACAGUCACUUUCUAAAAGCACUAUAGUUCUGGCCCUCUGGAAUUUGGAUCACAUGUAUGAUUUAUUUUUAAUAUUUGAUAGGAACUAGGUUUCAGUGAAAUGAUUUGAAAGCAUAGCAGGAUGUGGCUUUUUAAAUUUAUGAAACUGUCGAACAGUAGCAACUGAAAUUUGUCACUUUUCUGUUACCCAGAGAAUCAGACCUUUUGAUAAUAUUUGGGAGGGUAAGAGAAAAAUGCCAAAUAUGAAACUUUUUUGUCAGCACUACAUACAUCUUUUUUUUGUGGGGGGCAGGGGUACGGAGUCUCACUCUGUCACUCAGCCUAGAGUGCUGUGGUGUGAUCUCGGCUCACUACAACCUCUGCCUCCUGGGUUCAAGCGAUUCUCCUGCCUCAGCCUCCUGAGUAACUGGGAUUACAGGCGCAUACCACCACACCCGGCUAAUUUUUGUAUUUUUAGUAGAGAUGGGGUUUUACCAUGUCAGUCAGGCUGGUCUCAAACUCCUGACCUCGUGAUCCUCCCGCCUUGGCCUCCCAAAGUGCUGGGAUUACAGGCAUGAGCCACCAUGCCGGGCCAGCACUACAUCCAUUUUAUUGAAUAAUUUUGAAUGACUUCAAGUUCAACUAUGAAAAAGCUUUCUUUUCACAUGUACUUUUUGAUUAGGUAUUGUCAACUUAUUCAACUUGAAGAUGUGAAGUGACAGGUUUUGCAUGUGAUGAGUGUUUUCUGUUAAAAAAUAAAUAUUGAAAUAUUAACCCAUGAAAUACAUUGUUAUGGUAACCUUUGUUUUACAGUGGAGUUUUUUAAAUGCUAGGUCUUUUAUUGAUAACUACAAAUGAAUAAAAAGCAUUUAUUCUCUC